AUGUCAUCAUUUAGUGAAUCUUUACCAAAAGAUAAAUUAUCUGAAGCUUCUUCUGAACAUAGAUUUAUUCAAUUGGUAUCUACUUGUGAAAUCACACAGGAACAAUUCAAUACAUGGCUAGCUCAAGAUUAUCUUUUUGUUAAUUUUUAUAUUCGAUUCCGUAGUCAUGUGCUUGUAUAUGCUCCUCGACAAGAUUUUAAAUUCUUGAUUAAAGGACUUUCAGCAAUAGAAGAAGAAUUAAGUUGGUUUGAAAAUAAAUUAAAAGAGAAAAAUAUAUCUAUCAAUGAUAUUAAACCAUUAUCUACUAAUCUUAAUUAUCAACAUUGGUUGAAUAAAUUGAUGCACACUCAGAAAUCGUAUUUAAGUUUGAUUACAGCAUUUUAUGCUAUGGAACUUUGCUAUUAUAAAGCAUGGAAAUCGGUUAAAAAUCAUGAUUAUCAAGAAUUUGUCAAUAGAUGGGGAUCAGAAGAAUUUGGACAAUUUAUUGAACAACUUCGAAUAAUUGUUGAUGUUGCAUCAAUAACUGCUUCUGAUAAUGACAAACAAGAAGCACGUCAUCUUUGGGACGAUAUCAUGCGAUUCGAAGUCGAUUUUUGGAAUAUGGCAAUAAAUGAGAAAUCAAACUAA